ACACUUACUAUAAAUUACAAAAACACUCCAAUAUUUAAGAUCUAAUUACAGUUUCGACCACAUUAUUUAUUUAACUACCCUACUCUCGCUUCCGCGACAGACUGAGUCUUGGUAAAUAAACUAUUCCACUUCUUCUUCUUCUUGUAGCAGUUUCUUAGUUCCCGAAAUUGAAUGGAAGAAUCAUCGGAAUACGCGUUUCAGUGCUUCUUUUGCUGAUUCUUGGCGAAAAUUUUUGCUCCUUUAAUUUCUCCACUUUGUUUAUUCAGUCUGGUGUUCUGUUAAUCUCUCGAUAUCGAACACCUUCUAAAUGCUUUCGAAGAGUAAGAGAGAUGUCUUAGAUGUUAUCAGAUUCUUGUUUACUACUAAUUCAAGCUUCAUCAGAAACACGGGUUUCAGAAUUCCUUUACCUGCUACUUUUACCACCAAGUGUUCGACGUUAUGCCUGAACGGACCUGAAGAAUGCAUUGAGGAUUCUGAGCUCUCGGUUGUAUCAUCUAAUCACAUAAAUAUUAGUCCUUCACAAGUUUUACGAAGAUGGGGUUGUGAUGAUGAUGAAAUAUCAAAGCUUUUUACUCGCAGGCCUGCUUUGCAGAGAGCCAAUGUUGCUCAGCUGGAGUUUAAGUUAAGUCUUCUUAAGCCACUGGGGAUCACGUCUUCAGACCUUGUCAAGAUUGUUAACUGUCGUCCAAGGUUCUUUAGCUGCCGUAUUCACCUUGUCCUUGAUGAAAGAAUCAACUACUUCAUGGAGUUUUUGGGGUCAAAGGAGGUGUUGCGCAGAGUCAUUAUCAGGAACCCGUCACUCAUGUUGUAUGACCUUGAUGACAAGAUCAAACCUGCUAUAGAGUCUUACAAAGAGUUGGGCUUUAGCCAACAGGAUCUUGUCUCAAUGUUGAUAUCUAGACCCACGUUGAUCCCGAGAACAAACUUUAACAAGGAGAAGUUUGGGUACAUUCAGAAAACUGGGGUGACAAGAGAAUCCAAGAUGUUUAAAUAUGUUGCAACACUCAUCGGGGUCUCGAGGAUGGAGACAAUCCAAGAGAAAGUUGGAAACUUUGAAAAGUUUGGCUUCUCGGAAGAAGAGAUUUGGCAUCUUUGUGGGAAAUGUCCAGUUCUUCUCACUCUCUCAGUUGAGAAAGUUCAGAGAAACAUGACUUUUGUUAUAGCCUCGAUGAAACUUCCAGCUCAUUCGGUGUUUAAGCACCCUUGUUUGCUUCUCCUUAACCUCGAGACUCAGCUAAAACCUCGUGCGGAUCUUGUUAAGAGAGUCUUGGAAAUGAGUUUAAAGCCACUCGUAAAAGAAGUGAACAUUUUCACAGCGCUGAGGAUGAGCGAGAAACGGUUCUUGAAGGUUUAUGUAAUGUGUCAUCCACAAGAUGUUGCAGACGAGCUGAUGGAGUUUUAUGAGAAAUCCAAAAACAUGAAACGUUUGGCUGAGAAAUCCAAGAAAUUCAUCCGUAAAGGGUUCCCCUUUUGAAUCUCUCUCUUUUUCAUUAGUUUCUCUGAAUUUGUUCAUUACAGAUGUAACAUUGUGUAAAAUUUUCGAUCUUCCCAAUCUUGUAGAAGGUCCACAUUGCAAAUUAUGGUGUUCUAAUAAGGAGCUUUAUAUAAUGGUAAAUCAUUUGGCUUGGUUUGAUGCGGUUA